AUAUGUAUCUUCCGAGUCCCAUCUAACUACGUCACAUUUCUAAACGACUGUGUCGGUCCUGAAGUAGAAAACGCAUGCGCAAACCCGGCUCCUGGUUCUGUUAUCUUGUUGGAGAACUUGAGGUUUCACAUUGAAGAGGAAGGAAAAUGCACGAAUGAAAAGGGUGAAAAGAUAAAAGCCAAACCUGAAGAAGUCGAGAAAUUUAGAGCGUCUUUGACAAAGCUUGGUGAUGUCUAUGUGAAUGAUGCAUUUGGUACCGCACAUAGAGCACACAGUUCAAUGGUUGGUGUGAAGUUGGAGAAACGCGCAUGCGGAUUUUUGAUGAAGAACGAGCUUGCCUAUUUUGGAAAAGCCCUCGGAGAUCCUGCUAGACCAUUCCUAGCGAUUCUUGGUGGAGCCAAAGUUGCUGAUAAAAUUCAACUGAUCAAAAAUAUGCUGGACAAGGUCAAUGAAAUGAUAAUCGGUGGUGGUAUGGCGUUCACAUUCCUGAAGGUGGAUCAAAAUGUAGAGAUUGGCAAAUCACUGUAUGAUGCGGAGGGAGCAAAGAUUGUAAAAGAACUCCUUGCAAAGGCUAAAGAGAAGAAUGUACAAAUGCAUCUUCCAGUAGACUUUGUUGUAGCCGAAAAAAUUGCAGACGAUGUCGCAACCAAGACAGUCACAGCACAAGAAGGGGUUCCAAAAGGUAUGAUGGGUCUAGAUAUUGGGCCGGAAACUGAGAAAAAGUUUGCUGAAGUUAUUGCAAGAGCAAAAACGAUUGUAUGGAACGGCCCUCCGGGCGUGUUUGAGCAUGAGAAAUUUGCUCAUGGCACCAAAUCAGUGAUGGAUGCGGUCGUGAAAGCAACAUCAGAUGGUGCCACUACCAUAAUCGGUGGUGGUGACACCGCCACUGCAUGCAAAAAAUGCAAAACGGAAGAUAAAGUGAGCCACGUUUCCACCGGUGGAGGUGCAAGCUUGGAAUUACUUGAAGGAAAAGUUUUGCCUGGAGUGGAUGCGCUCUCGCCUGCGCCAUGA